UCUAAAAUUUGAUUUAUUUGGUAAAGCUAAACUUAAAGCGAAGCUUCACUCAUUGUCUAGGCAAGACUUGAUAAUUAGGAAUCUGAGAUUACAAUGAUCAAAUAUUACAAGAAUUUCAUUCUCUGCGGAGAAAUAGAUUUCUUUUGCCUUUUGUGUGAGGAAUCCUUUCAGAAUGUUGAAGAUGUAGAAAAACACAUCCGUUGGGAGAAGCACAGGAAGAUCCUCAAGAGUUUGGAAUAUUUCCCUAAGUUCAAAAAAGAACUGGUUUACAAGCUAGAAACAAAAUAUUACUGCGAAACCUGUAACUUCGUAGCACCCAAAUUCGACGCUAUUAAAACGCAUCUUAAAGAAGACUCCCAUGCUACCAAUAAAGCAAACCCACCAACUGAACUCAAGGUUUCACAAGUGAAAAGAGAAUCAAACUAUGUCAAGAUUGGUAAAAGCUUCAUUACACUGAAUGAGUGGCAUGGUAUACUGGGUAAAGAGUGUGUGGUAUGUCAUAGUGCUGUGAAAGACGUAGAUGAUCACGUUGGUAGCUCCAGUCAUAUGGUGAACCUUAUUCAGACUAAAUUGAAAUGUGAGAAUGAGGACCAAUACUAUAGAGAGCUGGAUAACAAAAUAUUCUAUUGCUUCAAAUGCAAGAAAAUUAAUCCAAUUGAUUCACUAAAUGAUCAUUGGAACAAUGAAAUGCACACAGGAGUUAAAAGCAACACGGGUGAAACUGAGGGCAAGCGCAUUCAAUACUUCGACGUUGACAAAGAAAAUGGCCUUGUGACCUGCAGAAUCUGCAAGCAAACUAUGCCAUUUACUUUUCAAUCAGUUUAUGGCCAUAGGAACUUACACAGAGAUAGCACAGUUCCUGAAAAGAAAGACCAAAUAGAAGUUUAUGAGGAAGCCUUCCGUUUGCUACUAUUCCCAGAUCAUGGCAAAUUGCGACACGAACUGAAGUUGUAUGGUAAAGAUAAUCAUAUAAAACUGAUAUCCGGUGGAGCAAAGGGCUAUUGUAGCAUCUGUUUCACAUAUAUUUCUGCUCAUAUGACGAAUUUCAAAGAACAUGUAAAGGGGGCACGGCACCAAGGCUUCUUACAAACACGAGGCCUAGUUAAAAAGACCAAAAAGCCUGAGAAGCAUAGGUAUACUACCAAGCCGUUGUUACAAUAUGUAAAAUGUUUUGUGCAUAUUAAAGAAAUCAGUGCAUUUUGGGUGAAUAAGGAGAUGUGUGUGAGCAUCUUCAGUUUCAUGUUCUUGAGCCCAUUAGACCACGACAAAGACAAAAUGCGGUGCUUCCUAUGUGAAAAAGUGAUUUCCUCAGAGAUGACAACACAUUUCCAGUUAGUUCAUAAACAGGAUUAUAUGAAAGCUCAAGUUAUCACAUCAUUUAAAGACGAAUUUAUUAGAGAGAUUCGCCCAAGCCUGUACCACUGUGGUUUUUGUAAUCAAAUAUUCCCAGACUGGGAAAUUCUGAAUAAACAUUUCAAGAGCUGGAAACAUAAGGAUUCAACCAUGAAUGCAAUGCAUAUGCUCAAGUUUGCCAUUUCCAAAUACUUCAAUUGCCCUCCAGAGUCCAUUCAUAUUAUGAAUGCUAUGGACGUUCUCGAUUAGGCACCUGGUUUUCAAUUAGUUUUUAACUAAUAAUAUUGUUGCUAUUUUUUCCCAAAACUAUUUUUUUAAUAAGUACUGUAAACAAGUUGCCAAGUGACUUAGAAUAUAUGGAAAAGUUUUACCUUCUCAGUUAAAACUAUGUGCAGAUGGAGCUAUGGUUGAUAUUUCAUCAGAAAUACAAGAAUAACUACAUAAAAUUACGCAAGUCCUACCUUAUCAGUUUUGCAGUCAGUGAUACAGUUUUAAAUGGCAAAUAACUUUGAAAACUCUAUUAUAUGUUGAAUGUAGCAGAAUUAACAUAUUUUGCAGAUACAUGAAAUGAGACUGUUUUGAUAUUUUUUAUAAGUCGACUUUGCUCUCUGCACUACCUAGAUUAUUUUCUAAUUAUACAAGAGUUAUACUUAAGUAAAUAAGGGUCUUCUUAAAUCUGUCAGCGUGGGAUCUGAACACUUAUUUAUAUGUAUAAACAGCAACAUCAAAGUAUUUGUUCAAAUUUUUUUGACGAGACCCUAUGUGACAAGUGAUGGUAAUAAAGGUUGCUUUGUACAUAUAGAACCUGAAAUAGUUGCCUAGUAUUUAUAAGUCUUGGCUUUUGACUACAGUUUUAUUGUCAAUAAAAGAGAAUUCAAUCUUUAUAUCUUUAUCAAACCUCACAUGUCAUUUACGAUAUCUGUGUAUCAAUAAUAAUAGUCUUAUACAUUGACUUACAAUUAUAUGGACGUCGGGUCCGCGCUAAAAAGUGUCCGCACUUGUAAGGCGCUAAAAUCGUAUACAGAGCGCCAAACU